AUGUCUUCUUCAUUGGCUGCACUCAGUUCUAGCCACUUCAAUGGAGCUUAUUCCCUUUGGAAAAUUCAGGAGGAACUGAAGGUUAGUAAGGUUGGGAAGUUCAGAAUAAGAGCUACAUCGAUGGCGACAUCAUCACCAGCGCAAGGCUUGCAGCUUGGGGAGGGUAAAGCUAACAAGUUGGACAAAUUGCGUAUUGGUGUGCUUGGAGCUAGUGGUUACACUGGUACUGAGAUCAUCAGACUCCUGGCAAAUCAUCCACAUUUUCAGAUUACUUUGAUGACCGCUGACAGGAAAGCUGGCCAAUCAAUAGAAUCGGUUUUUCCUCACCUAGUCACACAAGAUCUUCCGAGUCUGGUUGCUGUUAAGGAUGCAGAUUUCUCUGUUGUGGAUGCUAUUUUUUGUUGUUUGCCACAUGGUACAACUCAGGAAAUUAUCAAAAGUCUUCCCAAAAAUCAAAAGAUUGUUGAUCUUUCUGCGGACUUCAGAUUGCGAGAUAUUGCUGAGUAUGAGGAAUGGUAUGGCCAGCCCCACAAAGCAACAACUUUGCAGCAAGAAGCAGUCUAUGACUUGACUGAGAUUUCGAGGAGAGAAAUUCAAAGUGCUCGUCUGGUUGCAAAUCCUGGCUGUUAUCCGACAUCUGUUCAACUUCCUCUUAUUCCCUUGAUAAAGUCCAAUCUCAUUGAAGUAAGAAACAUAAUUAUCGACUCAAAAUCUGGUGUUAGUGGAGCAGGUCGUGCUGCAAAGGAGGCAAAUCUGUUCACUGAAAUAGCUGAGGGAAUUCGUUCUUACGGUAUAACCAGACAUAGGCAUGUGCCAGAGAUCGAACAAGGAUUAUCAGAAGCUGCAAAUUCAAAGGUUACUGUUAGCUUCACUCCACAUCUUAUGCCAAUGAGCCGUGGUAUGCAAUCGACUAUAUAUGUGGAAAUGGCUCCAGGGGUGACAACUCAGGAUUUGAAAGAUCACCUUGUUAACUACUAUGAGCAUGAAAAAUUUGUGGUGUUGCUGAAGAACUCCUCUUAG